AUGCCUCCAGAAGUCUUGAAAUAUCUUCCGGGCACGAGAAAGGACUUUGCCCAGAAUCACCCGUUACUUAUCUACUCCACUAAAAACCUCUUUAUUCAUGCGAAAAAGGCUGCCGCCUCUCGAGCGGAUGUGCUACAGAAUGAACAAGAUAUCCUACAACGAGUGAUUGGUCGGUGGGUCCAGAUCUACCGGAUCCUAGGUCCGUAUGAACCGGAGUGCCCACCGAAAGAUACGACAAUCUUACAUGUGGCUGCAGCCGCCAAUCUCGUUGAUGUCGUAGAGUCGGUGCUGUUUAACGGUGAGGGUGUCAGGAGGAAAGACGGAAACGGAAACACAGCUUUCCAUUUAGCAGCACGACACGGUCAUAUAACAGUGGCAAAAGUACUACGGGGGAAGGGAGCAGAUUGUGAGGCAAAAAACGAAAAUGGAACAACGCCGUUAAUUGAGGCGGCUAGGUUUGGGCAGUUGGGAUUUAUCGAAUGGCUCCUGCAUGAGGGCGUGGAGCUUGAAAGAACAUGGGAUGGAAGUGAAAGUGCUCUACAAGCAGCUUCGUUGGGAGGUCAUCAGAGCGUUGUUGAAAUUUUGCUUGGAGCUGGAGCUCAGGCGAAUGUACGUGGUGGUAAAUAUGGCAAUGCCCUACAGGCCGCUGCAUACCGAGGACAUACCGAGACAGUGCGGAUGCUCCUCGACGCUGGCGCCGAUGUCAACGCUCAGGGCGGUGAAUAUGGCAAUGCCCUACAGGCCGCUGCCGCUAUAUACGGAGGAUAUACCGAGAUAGUGCGGAUGCUCCUAGACGCUGGCGCCGAUGUCAACGCUCAGGGCGGUCAAUAUGGCAAUACCCUACAGGCCGCUACAUUUACAGGAAAUACCGAGAUAGUGCGGAUGCUCCUCGACGCUAGCGCCGAUGUUAACGCUCAGGGCGGUCAAUAUGGCAAUGCCCUACAGGCCGCUACAUUUACAGGAAAUACCGAGAUAGUGCGGAUGCUCCUCGACGCUAGCGCCGAUGUUAACGCUCAGGGCGGUCAAUAUGGCAAUGCCCUACAGGCCGCUGCACACGGAGGACAUACCGAGACAGUGCAGAUGCUCCUGGACGCUGGCGCUGAUGUCAACGCUCAGGGUGGUCAAUAUGGCAAUGCCCUACAGGCCGCUACGCACGGUGGUCAAUAUGGCAAUGCCCUACAGGCUGCUACGCACGGAGGACAUACCGAGACAGUGCGGAUGCUCCUCGACGCUGGCGCCGAUGUCAACGCUCAGGGUGGUCAAUAUGGCAAUGCCCUACAGGCCGCUGCAUACGGAGGGCGUACCGAGAUAGUGUGGAUGCUCCUCGACGCUUGCGCCGAUGUCAACGCUCAGGGCGGUGAACAUGGCAAUGCCCUACAGGCUGCUGCAUUUAGAGGAAAUACCGAGAUAGUGCGGAUGCUCCUCGACGCUGGCGCCGAUGUCAACGCUCAGGGUGCUCAAUAUAGCAAUGCCCUACAGGCCGCUGCCGCUGUAUACAGAGGACAGACCGAGAUAUUGCGGAUGCUCCUCGACGCUGGCGCCGAUAUCAACGCUCAGGGCGGUCAAUAUGGCAAUGCCCUACAGGCCGCUGCCGCCAUAUACGGAGGACAUACCGAGACAGUGCGGAUGCUCCUCGACGCUGGCGCCGACGUCAACGCUCAGGGCGGUGAAUAUGGCAAUGCCCUAGAGGCCGCUGCAUUUAGAGGAAAUACCGAGAUAGUGCGGAUGCUCCUCGACGCUGGCGCCGAUGUGAACGCUCAGGGUGGUCAAUAUGGCAAUGCCCUGCAGGCCUCUGCAUUUAGAGGAGACACCGAGGCAGUGCGGAUCCUCCUCGACGCUGGCGCCGAUGUGAACGCUCAGGGUGGUCAAUAUGGCAAUGCCCUGCAGGCCGCUGCAUUUAGAGGAAAUACCGAGGCAGUGCGGAUCCUCCUCGACGCUGGCGCCGAUGUCAACGCUCAGGGUGGUGAAUGUGGAUCACCUCUUUUGGCGGCUGUUCAUGAGGGCCAUUCUGAUCAAGUUCAGAUGCUUCUUCAUGCUAGCGCAGAUGUGUUGAUUGCUGAUGAACUCGACCGGACUCCUCUUCAUAUUGCGGCCUCGAAAGAUAUGCUCGACCUUCUAAAUGGAUUCCCGCUGCUCGUCUCGGCUAUCAACAACCGGGAUAAGCUCUUACAAACCCCACUUCAUCUGGCUAUUUCUCUCGGUUACGUCGAAUUUGCUGUAAAGCUCCUCGAGCUUGGUGCCAAUCCUUCUCUUCCAGAUGGCUAUGGUAGAAAUAUCCUAGACUGGGUACUGGGAAACGAACGCCUAAUGCACCAAAUCCAGAACCACUGCCCUCCGAUUGUCGUGACCCCUCAUGACAUUCAAGAUUUGACUGUUCGCCAAUCAAUCCUUCAAAUCUCGGAUACGCUUCUUCGUUGUAAGCUAAGCUCCCCAUGGCCUCUUUUACAACAAUUGGGUCGCUAUCUCUUGUUUCUCGAUGAUGUGGACAAUGCCCACGCCAUAUUUCAGCUAGCCUUGUCUCAGGGGUCUUUUGUCCGCACCGGUAUAUACAAGACUACCUGUAACCUUUGUACAGUGGCUAUCACCGGGUCUCGCUUUGUGUGCAGAAUCUGUGCCCAUGUGGAUCUAUGCUCGUCUUGCGUACAAAAGUACCCCUACCACAGUCGAUUGCACCCAAAUCAAGUGCACAAGACCUUUGAAGUGCUACAUGCGCCUGAUAACGAGUCUCGGCUCACUAGCUCAGAAUCAGGGCAAUUGAGCUACUUUUUGAGCAAUCUUGCACACGAGCUUUCUGCGCCAAACACUCAUAGAACUGAGGUGGAGCCAUCAAAUGAUUCCCUGUCUCGCCCGGUACUCAGAACGACAGCUCUAAUUUCAAGGGCUAAUUUAGGCCUAGCAACAAUAUUCUGUACUAUUUUUUUCGGCCUUUCAGCGAUUUUGUUGAGAUAUUGGUACUUUUAG